UAGCUUGAUACUUCGUCAUUGUUGUUUGCAUUCCGAAAAUUCAUGUAGCCUAAAAAUGAUCAUCAAGUCGAUUUACUUAUUGGUGUUUUCUACACUCUUCACAUGCUUUGCAGAAAAACAGAUUGAUUCUGCUCGCUUCUAUCAUCCAAAUCUUGGUAAAAAAAUAUGUAUGGAAGACUUGGGGUGCUUCGAAAUUACUAAAGAAUUUUUCGAUCCUGUACGACGUCCUAUAAAUGUUUUACCACUGGACAGAAAAAUUAUUGAUGCUGUUUUUAAACUUUAUCAGAGAGAUGCACCAUCCGAACCGACGAUAAUCAACACAUACAAACCGAAAUCUAUAGAAGAUAGUCCUAUAGAUCCAACAAAAAGGAUAAUAAUUAUCGUACAUGGUUGGAUUGAUCAAGACUUUGGACCAUGGCAAGAGAGAUUGAAAGACAGGAUUUUAUUAAACGAAGAUUGUAAUGUUAUUGUAGUUGAUUGGACUAAAGGCAAUAAGCCGCCUUACACGCAAGCAACUGCAAAUACGAGAGUAGUUGGAGCAGAAAUAGCGCUUUUAGUUAAUCUACUUGAGGAAAAAAGAAAUAUCGAUCCUAGAAAUGUACACAUUAUAGGCCAUAGUUUGGGAGCCCAAAUAGCUGGAUACGCCGGAGAAAGAAUUAAACAUCUUGGUCGUAUUACAGGUCUGGAUCCAGCCGAACCCUAUUUCCAAUAUAUGCCUGCCAUGGUACGUUUAGAUGAAACUGAUGCCGAAUUUGUUGAUGUAAUACAUACAGACUCUAAUUCAAUAAUAUUAUUAGGUUUUGGCAUGGAACAACCAUGCGGUCACGUGGACUUUUAUCCUAAUAAUGGUAGGAAUCAACCCGGUUGUGAAAAACGCGGAAGACUUAUAAAACUCAUCACAGAAGGCAUUAUAGAAGGAGGAGGACGUUUCAUAGGCUGUAAUCAUCAUAGAGCCGUUGAAUUUUAUGCAUCUACUGUGACUCAAAAAAAAUGUCUUCCAGUAGGUUAUAAAUGUUCUAGUUGGGAUAACUUUCUUGAAGGUAAAUGUACUGAUUGUGGACCGGAUGGAAGUAUGUGUGCAGCUAUGGGUGAAAAGGCAUACUUAUCAAAAGGAUUAGGUCAAAAGAAUUUGAAAUUGUAUUUGAAGAUGGGGAAGGACAGGCCAUAUUGCUUGUAUCACUACAAAAUAAUUGUAAAACUGCACAAAGUUAAAAAUUCACAGAAAAUGAGAGGAAAACUGGAAGCAGUCAUAUAUGGAGAGGAAACCGAUGCAUCACAAACUUUAACACCGCAUGAUGUUGAUUUGGUCCCUGGAAGCCGUCACGUAUAUAUGUUUACGACAGACAAAGAUCUUGGAAAUUUUAAAUCUGUUUCAAUAAGUUGGAAACCUCAUCUUGGCGACUUUAUCAAUCCUUUUAAUUGGCUUAAGACUAAGAAAAUUAAUAUCAAAUAUGUUCAAUUAGUUCCUAUGAACGUUAUCCAGAAAGAGGAAAAACUUGCUCAAACGAAGACAUUUUGUCAAUCAGAUCCUGACAAAGCAAUUAAACCUGGACAGCCUGCGGUUCAUAUUUUAAGUAAUAAAUGUGAAUUAGAUUAAUAAAUAAAUAAAUAAAAUUUUAUAUGUAUUAUUUGUUACUAAAAGGAAUGCAUUUCAUUAAUCUUUCCAUCGUGAAUAAAGUUAUUUUCUGUAGGUCCUUAAUCUAUGGCUACGAGCAAUAUCAAUAUUUUUAAAAGCUAAAAAUCACUC